GUCAGACAGUGAGAGAAGCAUCAGUCAAGAAUUCUCACUGGACAAAUAACACAAAUUACUGCAAACUGCUUCUUUUUUACUGGAAUAUAACUCUCCGGAAAACGAUUAAGUGAGACGUGUUACGCUGGCCGGCUCACUUCAGAUCAAGUUUAUGGCCGAAGGCAUUUCCACCACAGAACCUCUUCCAAAAACCAACCUGCUUCUUGAGAAAACUUGAUAUCUGUUAAUAUAGUUUCUCACAGACGUGAAAAUGGUUGUCAAACCGACUGAUAUGAUGAUGCCCUCCGCGGGGAUUAAGUUCUUUGGGGCUGGCACAGCAGCUUGCAUCGCUGACCUCAUCACAUUUCCACUGGAUACCGCCAAAGUCAGGCUUCAGAUUCAGGGCGAAUCUCAGAAAGCUAAGGGUUUCGAUGCCGUGAAGUACCGGGGAGUGUUCGGCACCAUCACCACCAUGGUACGCACCGAGGGAGCCAGGAGUCUUUACAACGGGCUGGUGGCAGGACUCCAGAGACAGAUGAGCUUCGCCUCAGUUCGGAUCGGCCUCUACGACUCCAUGAAGCAGUUCUACACCCGAGGCACCGAGAAUGCUGGGAUUGUUGUUCGGCUCAUGGCAGGCUGUACCACAGGCGCCAUGGCUGUGGCUUUUGCACAACCGACAGAUGUGGUGAAGGUGCGUUUCCAAGCUCAGGUACGACUGACCGAUGUUGGGAAGAGGUACAAUGGCACCCUGGAUGCCUACAAGACUAUUGCAAGAGAUGAGGGAGUGCGGGGACUUUGGAAAGGCUGCAUGCCAAACAUAACCCGCAACGCCAUUGUGAACUGUGCAGAGCUGGUCACCUAUGACAUAAUCAAAGAACUCAUCCUGAAAUAUGACCUGAUGACAGACAACCUGCCGUGCCACUUCACAGCCGCCUUCAGUGCUGGCUUCUGCACAACAAUAGUGGCUUCUCCUGUGGAUGUGGUUAAAACAAGAUUCAUGAACUCAGGAAAUGGUCAGUACACCAGCGCCSUCAACUGUGCACUCACGAUGCUGAAAAACGAAGGACCCGCAGCUUUUUAUAAAGGGUUUGUGCCUUCUUUCCUACGAAUGGGCUCUUGGAACAUUGUCAUGUUUGUGACCUAUGAGCAAAUUAAAAGAGGGCUGACCACAGCGCAGAAGUGCUGGGAGUCACCAAUUUGACCGCCGCUCUACAGCUGUYUAACCUGCAGCAGGAUGCAGGGAAUGCUUCAUCGUGGAUGCAAAAAGAUGAAGGCCCAAAUGUGGACGUUACGUGAGGAUGUGACCCACGGAUGCUUUGUUGAUGUGGCUCAGCGAUGGACUUCGUGCGUUACCUUUAAAUAUGCUGCAGAAUGCAGGGACAUUGCUGUAAUACCAUCAUGAUUCAAAGAUUAGAGUUUGAAGAAAUAUUUGUGGAUUGCUGAGUUAGCUUCUCCAUCACAAGUCCGCAUCUUUAAAUCUUGAUCAACUGGCCAGGUUUAUAAGACUUUGAUGUUUACGAAGAUGAACUGACUGAUCACAUGAACUGUUGUUUUGUAAUGUAAGUUGUUAUUCAGGGCAAUUUUUCCAUGACUACACAGAUCAUGUCUGCUGUAUGGUACUUCCUUUAGUUUGCACUGUGGAUUGUUUACACUGUUUAUCAUUGCUGACGGUUUAUCAAUAGGCAUUUAUUAUUGAAUGUAAAAGUAAGCACUUUCUAUUUUGAACGGRAUGAUUUAUUGCUGGUCAAUGAGUCAUGAAGACUUUGCACAUACAAAUAAACACAUUUUUAACUGGCUCA